CAUUAGUUGGGCUGCCUUGCCUAAUGGCUUGUUGUUGUUGAGCAUUGUUUCUUGAAAAAUAGAAGCGGUUUGACGAGUGACUAUGGAAUUCAACCCAUUUCCUCUUUUGUUUGACCACUAAAUUGCGGCCGUCAACCGAGCUUGAACGACAGUCCAAGGACUGUGGUGUUGGAAAUAAUGGAUCCUGUAAGUAAUAAUCCUAAUCUGUCUUCAAAGCAACGACUCCGUUGGACCCAUGAACUUCACGAACGUUUUGUUGAUGCAGUGGCACAACUUGGUGGGCCAGAUCGUGCUACACCCAAAGGUGUUCUUAGGGUCAUGGGGGUACAGGGCUUGACAAUAUAUCAUGUCAAAAGCCAUUUACAGAAAUAUCGCCUUGCGAAGUACCUUCCUGAUUCCUCAUCUGAAGGGAAGAAAACCGACUGGAAGGAAUCUGCAGAUUUGCUUUAUGGUCCGGAAAAUUCAUCUGGCAUGGAAAUCACUGAGGCACUAAAGCUGCAGAUGGAGGUGCAGAAGAGAUUGCAUGAGCAAUUAGAGGUGCAAAGGCAGCUGCAAUUACGAAUAGAAGCUCAAGGCAAAUACUUGAAGAAAAUAAUCGAGGAGCAACAACGCCUUAGUAAAACAAUCGCAGAUGUGCCUGGCUCUGGAGAUUCUAAAUCAAGCUUAUUAAUGUCCGAUAAGUACCUCGGCGCUGAUUCUUUAAAGAGUGACCCAGAAACUCCUCCUCCUAUAUCAGAGUCACCUUUAGGCAAAAACAACAAAGAAUAUGCAGUUGCUAAGACCCUAUCUUUAGACGAGUCUUUCUCGUCUCAUAAUGAGCCAUUGACACCCGACUCUACUAGCCAUGAUGCUUUGACAUCCGAAAAUUAUAUAGAAGAGAGAUCAGCAAAGAAGCCAUGUAUGGCCAACGAUGAUGCCUUUUCAAGCCAAGAGAUGUUAUUUACCGAGCAGAUACUGGAGUCGAGCACGAGUCAAUCUCUUCAACAACGGCACACUAUAUAUGUGGGAGAACCAUUUUAUCCUUCUGCUUUAUCGGUUGGCAAGGAAGACCGAGAAAAAAAGCUAUGAAAAAGUAUUUCGACUCUUAAACUGCUAGCCUUCAUUAAGUGUUUCUAUGUAGCUUUAGUUCCUCAGGGAAGGUUUCUUCUGUUGUAGACCUAUAACCUAUAACUGUCCUUGUCAACUUAUCGGGCUUCAGGAUCCCGUGUUGAUGCCGUUAAGUUUGAGAGAUUCACCUCCAGUGCUGCGCGCUGCGUUUUUCUAAUUUGGAGUUUGUUUCUCCCUGCUUGAUGAUGAUAGCAACAGCAUAUACCUAGUUCGGAGAUUUUCUGUUGAGGGCAUAGUUGGGAAUUGAUGAGCAUGUUUCUUGCUUAUUUACGGCUUAUCAUAUCGAGUAUGUCCUCGCUCAUUCCACUUGAAAAUGUUAUAACUUACAAGUACAUGUCUUUAAUCAGAUCUGAUCGAUAGUGUUAGAAUUUGUAACAGGAUUUUUGUUCAUUUUUAUUCUUAUUUAACAUGUAGUUUUUUAAUU